AUGACCUCCAAGGCCCCCCUUCCCACUCUUGUUCCUCUACGAUUGCCCCUCCACCUGGUGCCUGACUUUUCCGCUCUCCCGGGCAGCUUCGAGGGCCUCUGCCUCCUCUCGCUGCUGGUGACGGAGAGCGGCUCGGAGACCUUCGCCCAGAACUGCCUGGGGUGGCUGCACAGCCUCCAGCACCUGCUCCAGUCCCAGGAUCCGCCCGCCACCAUGGAGCUGGCCGUCCCGAUUCUCCGAGACCUCUUGCGCUACUCCGCCCAGCUGCCCGAAGUGGCUCGGGACAUCGGCACCAACCACAUUCCUGGACUCCUCACCUCCUUGCUGGCUCUCAAACCGGAG